AUUUAUAAAAUAAAAAUAAAAUCAUACAUAUUUAUUUAAAUAAAUAAAAAAUUUAUAUAAAUAAAAUUGAAUUUUAAAAUCAACUCAAUCAUCGUUUUUAAAUCAAAAUUUUAAACCAAAUUUAGACUCAAGUUUUAAAAUAUAGAAUAAAAAAAAAAAUAGCAAAGUGAAGAAAAUAAAUUAUAUUCCUAUAUAGGAAUUUUAUAAACUGGAUAAAAUAAACCAUUUUUUAAAGAGGAAGAAAAAGUCUUCAAGAAAGCCUUCAAUAGAUCUUUCUUCCUCAUCAUCCAGCAACAAUAAUAAAAACAAUAAUAAUAAUAGAAAUAGUUCAGAAAUUGAAGAUCAUCUUCAUAAAUCAUCAACUAUUGUAGUUCAAGGAGGAUUAAAUAGUAGUAAUAGCAGUAACAGUAGUAUUGGUAGUGGUAGUGGUAAUAACAAUAAUAGUGAUAGUAAUAAUAAAAAAUUAGUUAGAAAUCUUUCUCAUUCAUCAAUUUUAAUUUCAGGUACAGAUACAUCAACAGUUUUAAGUCCUACAUCAACAACAUCACCAAACAUUAAUCCAUUAUCAUCAUCAAUGUCGAAAGAACUUGCUGCACAAGAGAAAUCUGAAAAAGAUACCUCUAGAGAACUAUUAGGGGAAAUUCAGUAUCUAGAAAGAUUAUUACAAGAUCUUAUUAUUCAAAGAAACAAUAAAACUAGAAGACAGGUAGUGUCAAAUGAGGAUCGAGAAUUAACUAGAGAGGGAGAGCGUGAUACAAAUGAUGCUGAAUGGAUGCGAGAGGAAGAACUCUUAAAAACUAUAAUUCUCAAUAAAAAAGCAGAAUUUAGAGAUAAAUUUGAUAAAGGAAAAGUCGUUCAAAAACAACCAGCUCUUUUAAAAACAGGUGCUAUCUUAUCAAUAUUUCCUGGUAUCACUGAAGAUGUUUAUUGUAAUCCAUUACCAUUAGUUCAUAUUGAUAUCAAUUGUAAUAACAAUAGUUGUAAUUGUACCAAUAGUAAUAAUAAUAAUUGUGAAAAUAGUCAAAAAGAAAAUGUAAAUAGUUUAGAAAUAAAUAAUAAUAGUGAUAACACUGAAAAUAACAACCCAAAUGUAGAUAAUAGUAAUAAUAACAGUUUAAAUAAUAAUAAUAAUAAUAGUAAUAAUAAUAUUAAUAAUGAAAAUAAUAAAAAUAGUUUUGAUAAUAAUGAACCAACAUGUAUAAUUUCAACAAUAUCAGGCCCAAAACCAGAUUUACCAGAAGAUAUCGUUGUUUAUAAAAAUUUAAUUUGCGCAAAAUCAGGUUCCUCUUAUCCAAAACAUUUUACCGGCAGAAGAAUUGGUGAUCCAAUUUGUGAUAGAUUUAAAGCAAUUGUAUAUAAAGAAAAAUUAUUAGUAACAUUAGCCGAUGGUUGUAAUUGGGGUAGAUUACCAUAUGAAGCAGCAACUAAAGCUACAGAUGGAUUUUUAUCAUUUUUAGUUGAAAACCAUCAUGAAAUUAAUACAAUUAGAAAAGCAGGUUCAUUUUUAUUAGCAGCAAUGACAGCAGCCCACAAAGCGAUUAUUGCAGGUAAACAAGAAGUGUUUGAAAGUGGUACUACAACAUUAAUUGGAGGUAUUCUUGCAAAGGUUAAACCAGUAGAGAACACUUCUGGAAUAUCAAAUGCUCAAGUUAAUCACCAAGGUGGUAGCAGCAAUAUUAAUGGUCAUUUUAGUGAUCCACAUCAAAACAAUGCUACCAAUGUAAAUCACUCAUCAGUAUUCAUUGGUGUAACUUUGGGUGAUUGCAAGGCGUUCCAUUACAGUAAAAAAGAUCAUCAAUUUAUUGACAUCACUAAAGGAAAUCGACAAAAUGUUUCUGAUGCCAGAGAUCCAGGAGGUCGUUUAGGACCAUAUAUUAGACAAGGCGAACCCGAUCUCAGAAACCUUUCUGUUUUUUAUAGAUUUUGUGACGAAGAUGAUUUAAUUUUACUCUUGAGUGAUGGUGUACACGACAAUUUAGAUCCUCAACAAUUAGGUAUUAAACCAACCGAUUUAGGUAUAGACUCUGAAAGUUGGGAUAAAGCAGGUCAAGAAUUUCCAAUUGAAUCUGAAAAGGCUAAAAAUGAUUAUCGUCAAAAAUGGCUUAACGACCAUUUCUGUUCCUCUUCAAAUACUACAGAAGAUUUAAUUCCUCAAAAUAUCAGUGACAGUCUUUUAAGACAUUGCUUAGUUACAACCCAAUCAAGUAGGGAUUUUAUGGAAACCAACACAAGCAAGAAAUUACCUUCAGAUUAUACCCUUUAUCCUGGCAAAAUGGAUCAUAACACAUGUUUGGUUCUCAAAGUUUCAAACCAAUAUGAUCAAGAAUAAUAUUUAUUUAUCAUAAACAUAUACAAUAUUAUAGACUUAUAAUAUUAAUAACUUAAUUUAUUUAAAAAAGAAAAAAAAAAAAAAAAUAUUAAUAACAAUAAUAUCAACAAAACUAAUUUUACCACACAAAAAAAAAAAAAAAAAGAUAAUUUUUUUUUCCCACAUUCCUUUUUUUUUUUUUAUUAUUUCAUUUUCUAUAUCAAAAACCAAAUCAAACCAAAUCAAACCAAAUCAAAUCAAACCAAACCAAACCAAAUCAAAUCAAAUCAAAUCAAAUAAUUAAUAAUAAUAAUAAUAAUAAUAAUAAAAUAAUUUAAAAAAACUAAUAAAAUAAAAAAUAUUUAAUACUGAACC